UAUUGCCAUCUUUAUAAAGCAAGCAAGUAUGGUAUUGAAAGAUUAGAAUUUUUCGACAAUGAAGAUGAAGCAAAUUCAUGUACUUCUGGUCGAUUCAUCACUUUAGAAAAUUGUGUAAAAAUCAUUCCAGAUCCUCAAAAACUCCAACCGAACGUUGUUACAAGAACAACAAGUUAUCAUUUUGCUUCCGUCGAAGAUAAUGAAAUGCCUGAAUGGUUGUCUGCUUUUCAAUCGGUCGCAUUUAAAGAAGGUUCAAAUACUCAAAGUAUAGAAGAAGAUAAUGAAUUAUAUUGUCCAUCUGGAGAAGGUUUGUUUUCGGUCGAAUUAGUCCAGUCGGAAGUUUCAUCUCGUUGCGGUCUCGAUCCUGGACCUUAUACGUUACUCUUAACAUCUUCGGCAAUACAACUUAGAGAUUCUAAAGAACAACAGCUCCUAUUUACGUGGCCUUAUUUAUAUAUUAGAAAAUACGGAUACAGGGAUGGUAAAUUCACAUUCGAAGCAGGUAGAAAAUGUGAAACGGGCGAGGGGGAAUUUCAACUCAAAUACAGCAAUCAACAGGAAAUUUAUCGUUGUUUGUCAUUGAAAAUGAAAAGCAUGAGAAAAUUAUUGGGCGGUGAAAUCCCGUCGUCGUCGUCAAUUUUCUGCAGCGAUAGUUCAAAUCAAUUUCAAGCUGCUUUAAGUAUGGAAGCGCGGUCGAGGAGCCCGCUCCCUCCGUCACCCAACACGAGCACAAACAUACUCGAUUUGGAUUUAAACGGUUCAUCUCAAUUUAAAUCCGUGGAUUGUCUUUCGAACGGUCAAUUUAACACGGGUCCCCCUUUGAAACCUAAAGCCACAUCUUACAAUAGUUUAUUUCAUUCAUCUUCUUUCGAAUCUCCCCCUCUUCCCUUCAAACAAAAAUCUUUAAUAUCACCGACGUCGGAAACGAAUUCAUUGAAUUCGUUAAACGCCCCCCCUUACCUGCAUCCCAAAUCAUCUUCGGUAUCUCAAAAUUCAUUAGAUAAAAUAAAUAGUAGGAAAUCUCCUAAUCUUUUCAGAGCGACACUAGUAGAUAUAGAUAUACACGAGUCACCCGAGUCUCAGGGAAAAUAUGCGGAAUCGUUAGUAGCUCCUCCUCUUAAACCAAAGCCUAUGAAGCCCCCCCGGAAAAAUAUAUUUAUUUCGAGCAGUCAAAAAUGUGCCAACGAAGAAGAAUCCGGUUCGAAACGAUUUUAUCGUCAGAAAAACGAUUCCCUCGCCAAACAGGAUUCUCCGAUGUCUCAACAACAAAAUUGUUUAUCCAAUUUAAUUUCCACGGACGUUUCAAACUCGACGCCGCCCUACGACGAAGUCGAAAUCAGGCACGAAGCUUGGAAAACUUUGGGAGUCGACGAAAUGACACACACGGAAAGGCCCUUUAGUCAAAUUAUAAAUUCUUCCGAUUCGUCGUUGGACUACGAAAUAUUGGACAACGUCGUCGAUGAUUCGAAAUUGAUGAAAGAAAACGAAAACGACAAGAUGGCGGCGGCGGCGACGACGACAAAUGGCGGAUCCACGUCCAAACCGUGUCAAAAGUUUAUGUUUUUACCCAUCAAACCCGCGUCGGUGUCUGGAAAUUACGACACGCUCCAACAUUUCGGUAGCACUUUGAAUAAAACAAAUGGAAAAUCCGGUUACAAACAAAUAAUAAUAAAUCAUUCGAAUUCGAGUCCUUCGAGUCCGAGUCCUACCACCACCAUUACCACCGAUACCGGAUAUAGUUUGCUCGAAAAUUAUGCCAAUAGUUUAAAUCAUACAUUUCACGAUUACGACGAAGUCGACGAAAGACCCAUCGAAACGUUUCGUAUGGCCGACGAUUCUCAUUUGGGCUACGGCGUGAUAAGGAAAAAACCGGAAAAUCAAAUUCAAAAUGAUCUUCUCCGACUUCCGCCCAAGCACAAAGUCUAUAAUAACAUGGAGUAUGCUGUUAUAACAAAAUCGAAGCAUGUCUAG